UUUGUUGAAGCAGGGGUUCAAACCGGCAACCCACUAGUUCCAGCAGGAACUGCUGAAGAACCGGAACGAUGUUCUGAUGCUGAGAGAUUCUGUUGGGCAGAACCGGUCUUUAUGCUAAGCUAAGCGGGUCGGUCUUAUCUGACGUGUCACACAGGAGCUGCAGUCAGAAACACCCUGAAAGUCAAACAGAGCCGGGCCUGAACACACCCGGUACCGGCGGCAGUGUCAACACGGACCCAGCUGGUUCUGCCCAGAACUCAGCUACUGAACCUGCUGCCGAACCUCCCUGUGAUCAUUUCCAACAUGACUGACCCAGUUGGUUGGGUUCUGGCUGUGACCUGCUGAACCCAUCAGAACAUCUCUGGGUCGGACCGGAUCCGCCUGGUUCUGGGAGUUCUCCAUGGCGCCAGUGGGAGCAGAGGUGACCGGGUCGUGGUUCCUGUCUUCAGGGCUCGUGGGCCUCUUCAUCCUCCUCCUCCUCCUCCUGAUCUUCCUCACAGCUCUCUGCAGCGACUGCAAAAGACAUUCGUUUGAGCUCCAGGAUUCAAAGCCAGAGAAACAUCCAUCGGCUCUAAUCAGGGUGGUGAAGCUGGAGGAGGUGAAGGAGAACCCGAUGAUCGCAGACAUCCAGAAGGACGAGAAAGAGUUUCAUCCUGGAGGAGAUCCGGUUGUGUCCUGUAGUUCCUCAGAGAGCCGGCAGGGGGAGCUGCAGCCCGCCCCAGUUCCUUCAGAGGGAACCUCGGCCCCCGUUCCUCCCUGGAGGAGCCACCUGAUGGCGCCACAGAGCAGAGAUCUGAACGGCUCCGCCCCUCAGGCCUCUGACCACGCCCACCUCACCGCCGGAGCUGAGCCGGGCGGCGGCGGCGAAGCUCUCUCACCUCCGGCCAAUCAGCUAUCAACGCAGCUGCAUUACAUCGCUCGCUCUGACGACAAGAACUCGGUUUACGCUCGAGUCAGCAAGAAGCUGCGUAUGACCAACUCACCUGUUCCCACACCGGAGGAGGCGGAGCCACAGCUGGAGGAUGAAGGAGGCUCCGCCUUUAAAUAAACUCAAUACCUGCAGCUGCUCUGCAGGGGGCGCUGUGGCUGUUUGAUUGUUAACUAUAAAGUUUAGCUGCAGAGAUCAUGAUGAUCACAACAUGGUCCAGUUUGGACCAGAACCUACAGAAUAAACAUCUUGAGUGAGGAACA